AUGGCGCGAAAAGCAAUAGCAAAAGAUCAAAUCGUCAAAUUGAUCGUAGGCGCGGGGCAAGCGUCGCCCUCGCCGCCCGUUGGUCCCGCGCUAGGAAGUAAAGGUGUGAAGAGCAUGGAUUUCUGCAAAGAGUUCAACGCCCGCACCGCCCACUACACCCCCGGCACCCCCAUCCCCGCACGCAUAACAGUCCGCCCCGACCGCUCCUUCCACUUCCAACUGCGCACACCCCCGACCGCAACCCUGCUCCUCUCCGCCGCCGGCGUGCUCCCCACCAAGAACAAGAUAAGAGGAGCCGGAAACGUGCCGGGACCCAUGAACAACCAUGACGGGCAAAAAGGAAAGACGAGCACAAGUAGUCCGACGGUGGGCAAUGCGGUGAAAGGGACGGUGGGCACGGUUAGUCUGAAGCAUGUGUAUGAGAUUGCGAAGAUUAAGCAUGGCGAGACGAGGUUGAGUGGGUUGAGCUUGGAGGGUGUGGCGAGGAGUGUGGUGGGGCAGGCGGGGAGUAUUGGGGUGGUGGUUGUGCCGUAG